CAAAAUUCCGAACAGCGAACACUUGCUUUAUGAAUUCAUCUUUUUAAUGAAAGUUGAUUUACCAAAAAAAUAAUAAAUAUUGUAGUAAAAUGGGUCGUGGAGUUGAACAUCGUUCUGUAACUCCUGUAAUAGAUGCUUUUCGAAAAUUUUUGCGCGGAAGACAACAUCGAAAUGCAUUGAGAUAUGCUGAUGAUCAAGCAUGUAGAACACAACCGCCACCCGAUCUACCUGGAGGACCUUUUCAUAAAACGUCUAAAAUAUAUUACUUUUCGCGUGAUGCAAGACGUGAAGUCGAACCACCUAUGGUAAUUGCUUCAGCCACCGUAAAGCAGAUCACAGACGGGGGAAACGAGAAAAUGCUAAACAAAGUUCUCACUCCAGGAAAGUCAUAUAUGCCAUCAUAGCUCUGAUAAAAUUGCUCUAAUAUAAUUUAUAAACGUAGUAAUUAAUGUAAUGUAUAGUUUGUUAAAUAAUGUGUAUAUAAUACAUUUCAUGCAACGGAGAAAACUACUCGUGUACAUAAUUAUAUUAAUGAAUGCCAAUGAAAAGAAUAUACUUUAUCUUAAUAGAACAUUUAUAUGUACGAUCAAUAAAUUGUCAUAUAAGGUUAUCUCUCGAUAAACAAAAAUAUAUUAAAUUGAGUUUUGUGAAAAGUAUAUAAUAAAGCAUCUCUAAAAAUA